AUGGAAGCUCUUCGCCGUUUUUUUAUAGGAAAAACAUUACAAGAAAAAGUACGAGAAUGGCAAAGAAAACUUAGAUCAGAAUGCCGUUCAAUUGACCGACAACUUUCUCAAUUAUUUACUGAAGAAAAUAAAACUCAACAAUCUAUUAAACAAUAUGCUCGUCAAAUAUCACCUAUAGCACAAACAUCUUGUCGAUUAUUAACAAAAGAACUUAUCCGUGCUAAAAAACAACGUACUCGACUUGAACGUAGCAAAGCUCUCCUUAAUAGUUUAAGCAUGCAACUUGAUGAACAAUUAGCAACACUUAAAAUCACAGGAAUAUUAGAAAAAAGCACAAUCAUGAUGAGAGAUGUUAAUACAUUAAUACGUUUACCUGAACUCAGUGCAACUAUGGCGGCUAUCAGCAAGGAAAUGAUGAAAGCAGGAAUUUUUGAGGAAAUAACAUCAGAAACAUUAGACAUGGAAGAAAUCGAUGAAGAUCUUGUUGAAACAGAAGAAAUUGAUAAAAUAUUAUUUGAAAUUACAAAUGGACUACUAGGAUCAACCGAACCAAAAUUAAAAACUCAAAUAGAUAUAGUUGAAGAACCAGAACAAGACGAAUCAUUAGAAUACAUGCGCCAUCGUUUAGAAGUACUUAGAAACUAA